AUGGUUUUGGAAUCUGGGGUUGUUCAUUUUGAUAGGAAACCUAUUCUAUUGAGGCCUUGGUCGACUAACUUAGACAAACUGAGGCUAGUGAAAUCAGUUCCGGUUUGGAUUAGGUUACCUGAUCUUGGCCUUCAAUAUUGGGGUACUAAAAGUUUGAGUGCUCUUGUUAGUACCAUUGGCAAACCCAUGAUGAUUGAUAAGGUUACAAAGGAAAGGUCUAUGGUGAAGUUUGCUAGCGUGCUUGUGGAUGUUGAGAUAUCAGAUCAUAUACCUCAGUUCAUAAGCUUUCUUAAUGAGCGAGGCCAACUAAUGGAGCAGGCUAUAGAGUUUGAAUGGCUGCCUACCAGAUGUUCGCUUUGUAAAAGAUUUGGUUAUUUUGAUGCUAGUUGCAAGCGUGAUCAGGGGGCUAUUUGGAGGAAAAAGGAGAAAAAGUCUGGCCUGGAGAAUGGUGGGACUGUGGGUUCUCAAGGUCCUUCUGCUUCCGGAUAUGAAACUUUGUCCAAAGCUCCUCAAGAUUUGAUGACUGGAAAGAUUGUACAGCUAGGAAUAUUAAAGGAGACUAGUAGCUCUAAAGUUGGGCAGGAGUUGAAGUGGACCACACCAAAAAAAGUGGGAGGAACUAAACAACUUGCUCCAGCAACUCAUAAUUUGAGGACUAACAAGCUCAAUAAAAUUGGCUUAGGAGCAUUUCUAGAAACUAAAUUGAGGGGAAAUAAGAUUAAGGAUCUGAUGCGGAAUGUUUUCAUGGGUUGGGACUGUUUUAGUAGGCCGACUGUGGAAGGUAGGAUAUUAUUAGUUUGGAAGGCUGAUAUUGUUUCCCUUAGUAUUAUUCAGGAAGAUGACCAAUUCAUUCAUUGUUGCGUGAAGAUUAAGGGUGUUACUCAGAAGUUUUGUUUGACUCUUGUGUAUGGUUGGAAUUCGAUUGAGGAGAGGAAAAGUCUUUGGACUCAGUUAUCAUUGCUUGAAUUUCCAGUGCUUCCUUGGUUAGUAGUUGGAGAUUUUAAUGCAGUUUUUGACUAUGAUGAUCGUAUUGGUGGUCGUCCUGUUACUGAGUUGGAAUUGGAAGAUGGUCGUCAUUGGAGGCGGAUUAUUAAGAAAUUAAAUAGGUUAAAACCUGUUUUGCUUCAGUUUAAUAAAAUGAAAGUUGAAAAAGAGGCUUAUUUCAAGUUUGGCCGUCAGUCCAGAAUGUAUGAGAGUUUUCUUAGACAAAGGAGCAAAAUCACUUGGCUUAGAUAUGGAGAUGAGAAUACUUCUUAUUUUCAUGCUAGUCUAAAGCAGAGAAAAAUUGGUAAUUGGAUUACUUCUUUCAUGAAUGAUGCAGGGCAGCUCAAUGAUAACUAUGAAGAGGUUGUUGCGUAUUUCAUUAAUCAUUUCAAAGGUUUUCUUGGUAGUUCUAGUUCAGCUUCUACUCGAGUAGAGCAAAAGUGCUCCCAGCAAGGGGCUAUUUUGACACUGGAGCAACAACUUGGUCUAUUAAUGCCUUUUACCAAGAAGGAUGUUAAGAAGUCUUUAUUGAGUAUUCACUCAAUCAAGAUUCUUGGACCAGAUGGAUAUGGUUCGGGCUUCUACAAAUCUUUAUGGAAGGAUAUAGGGGAUGAAAUUUCAGAGGCAAUACUAACAUUCUUUGAUCGAGGAGAGAUUCCUCAUGAACUUAACAAUACAAUCAUAUCCCUCAUUCCUAAGGUAGAUACUCUCGCUAAAGCUGUUGAUUAUAGACCUAUUGCUUGCUGUAACACACUUUAUAAAUGCAUUUAA